GGGCGGGGCGGGGCGCUUUGCUCUGGACUCUGGGGCGCUAGGCUCCGGACUUCGCGGCACAGACUGCGCCCCGCAGUCUCCCCAGGUUCGCGCAGCCGCCGCGCUUCAGCCAGAAUACUGGGAUCUUCAGUGGCAGGAGAAGGAGUAAUCAGAAGACGGAGAUGAGUUUUAACACUAUUUUGGAGGAGAUUCUUAUUAAAAGAUCACAGCAGAAAAAGAAGACAUCGCCCUUAAACUACAAAGAGAGACUUUUUGUACUUACAAAGUCCAUGCUAACCUACUAUGAGGGUCGAGCAGAGAAGAAAUACAGAAAGGGGUUUAUUGAUGUUUCAAAAAUCAAGUGUGUGGAAAUAGUGAAGAAUGAUGAUGGUGUCAUUCCCUGUCAAAAUAAGUAUCCAUUUCAGGUUGUUCAUGAUGCUAACACACUUUACAUUUUUGCACCUAGUCCACAAAGCAGGGACCUGUGGGUGAAGAAGUUAAAAGAAGAAAUAAAGAACAACAAUAAUAUUAUGAUUAAAUAUCAUCCUAAAUUCUGGACAGAUGGAAGUUAUCAGUGUUGUAGACAAACUGAAAAAUUAGCACCUGGAUGUGAAAAAUACAAUCUUUUUGAGAGCAGUAUAAGAAAAGCACUACCUCCAGCACCAGAAACAAAGAAGCGAAGGCCUCCCCCACCAAUUCCACUGGAAGAAGAUAAUAGUGAAGAAAUCGUUGUAGCCAUGUAUGAUUUCCAAGCGACGGAAGGACAUGAUCUCAGAUUAGAGAGAGGCCAAGAAUAUCUCAUUUUAGAAAAGAAUGAUGUUCAUUGGUGGAGAGCAAGAGAUAAAUAUGGGAAUGAAGGAUAUAUCCCAAGUAAUUAUGUAACGGGAAAGAAAUCAAACAACUUAGAUCAAUAUGAAUGGUAUUGCAGAAAUAUGAAUAGAAGCAAGGCAGAGCAACUCCUCCGCAGUGAAGAUAAAGAAGGUGGUUUUAUGGUAAGGGAUUCCAGUCAACCAGGCUUGUACACAGUCUCCCUUUAUACCAAGUUUGGAGGAGAAGGUUCAUCGGGUUUCAGGCAUUAUCAUAUAAAGGAAACAACAACAUCUCCAAAGAAGUAUUACCUAGCUGAAAAACAUGCUUUUGGCUCAAUUCCUGAGAUUAUUGAAUAUCAUAAGCACAAUGCAGCAGGACUUGUCACCCGGCUUCGGUACCCAGUUAGUGUGAAAGGGAAGAAUGCACCCACCACUGCAGGAUUCAGCUAUGAGAAGUGGGAGAUUAACCCUUCAGAACUGACCUUUAUGAGGGAAUUGGGAAGUGGACUGUUUGGAGUGGUGAGGCUUGGCAAAUGGCGAGCCCAGUACAAAGUCGCAAUCAAAGCUAUUCGGGAAGGUGCCAUGUGCGAGGAGGACUUUAUAGAAGAAGCUAAAGUGAUGAUGAAACUGACACACCCGAAGUUAGUGCAGCUUUAUGGUGUAUGCACCCAGCAGAAACCAAUAUACAUUGUUACCGAGUUCAUGGAAAGGGGCUGCCUUCUGAAUUUCCUCCGACAGAGACAAGGUCAUUUCAGUAGAGACGUGCUGCUGAGCAUGUGUCAGGAUGUGUGUGAAGGGAUGGAGUAUCUGGAGAGAAACAGCUUCAUCCACAGAGAUCUGGCUGCCAGAAAUUGUCUAGUAAGUGAGGCGGGAGUUGUAAAAGUAUCUGAUUUUGGAAUGGCCAGGUAUGUUCUGGAUGAUCAGUAUACAAGUUCUUCUGGUGCUAAGUUUCCUGUGAAGUGGUGUCCACCUGAAGUGUUUAAUUACAGCCGCUUCAGCAGCAAAUCAGAUGUCUGGUCAUUUGGUGUUUUAAUGUGGGAAGUAUUCACAGAAGGCAGAAUGCCCUUUGAAAAAUAUACCAAUUAUGAAGUGGUAACCAUGGUUACUCGAGGCCACCGACUCUACCAGCCGAAGUUGGCAUCCAACUAUGUAUAUGAAGUGAUGCUGAGAUGUUGGCAGGAGAAACCAGAGGGAAGGCCUUCUUUUGAAGAUCUGCUGCGCACAAUAGAUGAACUAGUUGAAUGUGAAGAAACUUUUGGAAGAUAAGUGAUGUAACCAGUGGCUCCCAGAUUCCAAA